AUCAUCGCAUACCUCAAGAGCCUAGCAGACUUGAAUUUACGCAUCGAUGCGAUUGAUGCCCUCUGCGAGCCCGACAUGAAAGCAUUGGUGGGAGAACUUCAGAAUCCGCUUGGGGGAUGCAUGUUGCUCUCCAUGGUUUUAGCAGAUGGUUUCUUUUCUGGGCUAUCGGUGAAGGACUUCAAUAUGCCAUUCGAUCCCAAGAUUGGAGCUUUCGAGGUGUUAUGCAAUACAAUUGACAUAAACAAGCUGGAUUUCUUCGUUUCGUUUUCCUCAGUUUCAGCACUAUUUGGCAAUACAGGUCAAACUAAUUAUGCAGCA